AUGUCUAAUAAGACAUUUAACAUGUCUGCUGACCAAGUUGAGCUCACAGUUCCUUUGCCCAGCAGAGACCUACAGAUGGGCCUCUCAUCUGAGAGUCAUUACAGCGACUUGUCUCUCUCACCUUCACCUGACUCCAACAGUAUUAUUUCCAACCUGAGUGACAGAGAAGCCAACAGCUCCCCUGAUGUCAACAUGCUGGAGUGCUGUCUCAGCGAUGGUUCCCCUAUGGAUAAGCCCAACUUACCACAGGGUAAUGUGCUUUGUGGUGUAAGCAUGAACCUAAACCAAACUUUUGUUGCCACGCCUGUUACUGGCAAUGUGAAUUUCUGGAAUGAAAACUCAAGUCUAAUGAGCAACCAUGAGAUGGGAUCAGAGAAGUAUCAGACUUUUAGUACGAACACAGAGGAUGGAAGCAGCAGUGCAGUGAUGUCUCCAGACUCUGCUGGGAGGGAAAGCCAAAUGGGUUCAUGUGAGACCUCCCGUAGGGGAUCCACUGAGAAUGACUCCUGCUCCCUGAGCUCUGGGGAAAUGAUAAUAAGGAGUAACAGUUUUUGCCUUGAGGACCAGUCACUCAUGGUAGUGUCUUCCCUGGAAGAGUCAUCAGUCUCUUUAGCUGGGGGCAAUCCAGAAUUGCCCGCUGAGCCUAACCUGCUGUCAACCAUUCUCCUGGAUGUCUGCGAAAAAUCCCCAGAAAGAGUCAUUGAGGAGAACACAGGCCAUUCGUGUCUCGGUCUGACUUUCACUCAGGCAGAGCUCCCCACUGAGGAAGAUGAUAUGGCAACAUCCAACUCUCAUGUAGCUCCGCUAAGUGAGAAUGAAGGAGGUCUUUUGAUGACGUUUGUCUGUGGAACAUCUCCUGCAGAUUGUGGAAAAGAGGCUCAGUUUGCAAGUGCGGAAGCACACCUGCUCAAUGUCCCUGGAGCAUUUACACCAGAACAAGCCAAGACAUUUGUUUCCACUCUGUCAGCUAUGCGAGACACUGAUAAGGAUGUUCAUACUUCCACUCCAAUACAAAACGUUGGGAAAAUGAUACCCAGCCUCCCCUCUUUUUCAGAGUCUCCCUGCACUGGAAACACAGGAAACCCAGGACACCACGCUGUUGAACAGCAGCAAAUCUCUGUGGUUCCUAAACGUUUGGUGGCAGGACUGCCCCCUUCAACUGGCAAAGCCAAGAAAAUGGAAAUCAAGAAGUUUCCCAAGUCAGACUUCAGCAGCGUAAAAUCUAAAGUGGUGACAAGAAAUGUGCACUCAGUGUCAGUGCCAGGCCCCGCUUCACAGCACAAACCAUCACAUGUUAAUGUGCACAAUAAACACACUGAAGCACAUCGAGGAGCAACUAUCAGAAACAGUCCUGCCAAGGUAAGGGGUAGCACUACAACUGUCUCUACCACCACUAAAAUGGUCAGUGAUGCUCAGAGACAAGUGAAUACAAGUGCUGCUAAUUUUGGUGUGGCAAUGAUGCAGUCACCUAGGCAACCUGCUCGGGAUAGACUGGGCAAGAGUAGAACAUCCCCACCUUACCGCCACCCAGCUGCAAAUAAAUAUGCUUCAGCAGUCCAAUGCAGUAAUGCCAGCUCUGAAACAGGGCGUGCAGCCUCAAGCCAAGUGGCAGGCACUGCAGCGCAGCAUGCUGGCAACCAGACCCUCUGCGUCUCAUCCUUGGAAAAAUCCCCUGAUAGAAGUGGCCAAACAGAUCCCAAACGGUCUCCAAAGAGGGGCGUGUCGAACAAAAUUCAGGUCAGGUCAGGCUCAGCAUUAGGUCAGGACAAGCCUCCUGUCCUCAAGAUGCGGCCUCGCUGCUCAUCAGAGAGUUCAUCAUCAUCAUCUAGGCCACCAAAGGAGAAAAGAGCAACUCCAAGGCUCUCAACUAGUUUCAUCGUUUCUAAAGCUAACACCCCACUGGGUCAGAACAAACCAGGGAACCUGAACUGCUCUUCCCAGAAUAAGCAGGCCAUACAGGCUGAGGCCACAGAUGGACUUUCUGAAAACUCUACAAGAGAGGUUAAGAAGAUCAGCCUAGUGGUAGAGUCCAGCAAAUUGACAACAGCAGGAAACUCAUGGGAUGAGAGUAAGAGCAGAUUUCGAGUACGGCCAUCUCCUAGGCGAGCAAGAGGAGCACCACUACCACAAGCGCCAGCUGCCAGUCCCAGACCAGCCGCUCUAUCAACCAGGCAGAGGCAGGGGACCCUGGGGAGGGAUGAAUGCAGGACCUCCAACGCUGGAGGGACACCACAAUCCAAGCAGAAGAGCAGUACAAGCAGUCAGAGAGGGCAGGCAAUAGGAGAGUCAUCCCAUGGAACUGCCUUAACAGCAAGUAUUAAGACCCAAGUGAAUAGAUCCCGACCUCCUCAGACUCCCACUCACCCCUCUCUUAUGGGCCCUUCCCAUACUCCUGCUUCUAGACUACCACGCAAGACCCUGGGGCCAUUGAGGAGCCUUACUGAGGCCAAUGUUCACAAUGAACUGAGUGAAGGUGCUGGGAGUACACAAGUUUCUGGAGGAGCUGCACUAAAACCAUCCCCAUUGAAACCUGUUGUGCUGAAAACUAGAUUCAUCACAACCCCUGCAAAAAACACUGGACCAUCUUUGGCCACAGCAUGCAACCCUGCUGCCUCCACCAGCAAAGGAGCUUCAAAUUCUACAGUCAGUCCACUGAAAAGGUCCGCCUCUGCAAGAUUUGUUCGUGUAACCUCAAGUGGACCUGUGGACAAGAACAAACCCAAGGCCGGCUCCCGCCAUCAACCCCCUCAGCAGCAAGCAUCCCAACCAAGCCAGAGUAAUGGCCCUCCGGAUGUGGUGCCAUCAAGUGUGAACGAGGGUGGGAGAAAGGACCAGAGGAUCCAACAGCUCAGAGGACUCCUGGCAGCUAAUAACUGCAGAUUUGAGGCAUUCGCCAUUGUCUUGCAACAAACCUUGACUGAGCGUGAUGAAGCCACCAGGCAGUGCAGGGAUCUGUCCCAAGAGCUGGUCAACCUUCGAGGAGAGCUGGUUUGCUCCGUCCAUUCAUCUGAGCGUCUGGAGAAGGAGAAGGAUGAGCUGCGUGUUGCGCUGGAAGAUGCACUGCAGAACCUGCAGGAGCAGCACCAGAAGGACCUGGCCGAGCUGGAGCAGAGACUGCAGACCUUCUACCAAGCUGAGUGGGACAAGGUCCACCUCACCUACCAGGAGGAGGCUGACAAGUGCAAGACUCUCAUGCAACAGCAGAUGGAGGAACUGAAAGCUGAUCAUGAAGCAAUGAAGCUGGAAUUAGAGAGCAGCCAUACAGAACAGCUGCAGUGUGUUAAACAGCAGUAUGAAAUGUCACUGGAAGAGCUCAGCAAAGUCCACAAUCAGGAGCUGCAGUCUUUGGACAAAACUUUGAAAGAUGCAGAAGCCACUCUAUCUGGACAGAUUGAAGUGCUGACUGUGGAGAACAAAGCCCUAAUUGAGAAGCUAACUGCAGAGGAGAACAGGAGGAAGGAGCUGGCCGAAAAGAGUCAGAAGGACUCCCACACCCUGUAUCUGGAGCAGGAGCUGGAGAGCCUCACAGUGGUGCUGGAAAUCAAAAACAAACAGCUCCACCAGCAAGAAAAGAAGCUGAUGGAGAUCGACAAACUGAAAGAGAAGAAUGUGCAGUUGGAUGAGAGCCUUAAGAAGGUUCAGCAGCAGAACGAGGACCUCAGAGCCCGCAUGGAUAAGCAUGCCGCACUGUCAAGACAGCUGUCCACAGAGCAGGCAGUGCUGCAGGAAUCCCUUCAGAAGGAGUCCAAGGUGAACAAGCGUUUGUCGAUGGAGAACGAGGAGCUGCUGUGGAAGCUCCAUAAUGGAGACUUGAGUAGCCCCCGCAAGGUGUCCCCCACUUCCACCCCCACCUCCCAAUCCUUCAGCCUCCAAUCACCUCGUAGCUCCGAUCUGUUCUCCAGCCCUCCUGUGUCACCCAGAUAACGCUGGGCCCCUGCUUCCAGGAAGCAGAUCCUCUCUCUUGAGUUAUCCCCCUGGAAUUAAGAGCCAUGUUUGUUUCCUGUUCGCUUAGCCUGACCUUGGCUCCUUCAGGAUCGGAUGAACUCUGACACUUUCUGUACAGAGACGCUAUACACGGUGGAGGAGAAAAAUAAAGUUGCACAGAAGCACUUCAUAAGCAGGGUCACCUUGUUCUUUGCCUUUCAUGUUUGGUAGUAUGGAUGGGGAAAAAGGAAAUCUCAGGACUAUGUAAUGAAACACUAUUUUUGUUACUUGUAUUUGCUGGCAGAGGCUUGUCCUUCCUGAAGCUCAGUGCACGCACACAUGUACAGUACAUGCAGUAAAAAGAAAACAUGUGCAGGCAUAUGUCAACACAUAUGCAGAUUCAGCCCUACAGAGGCUUUCUGUGCGUGUCUGGAGACCACACCCAUGUAAAGUUUGAAUUCAGAAUAGCUAUGAAUGCAGAUGACACUGUCCCUCCUCACAGCACAUUUUGUUUGAAAUAUACAUUAAAUAUGGAACUGCUUUGCACCAUUUCUCACAUCUAACUGCAGAAGAGUGACGGGUUUUCAUAUUGCAAACAUCCAUCUGUUUGUCAGUACACCAGGUCUGUCCAUGUCGCCAUCUAUGUUCAGAAUUUCUUUGAGGUUACAUUUUUUUAAAGGUUGGGAUUUUUUACAUCUAGGUUGGCAGUUUCGCUAUCAUCUGUGGCCUCAAACAUGUUUUGUUUUGUCACAUUUGCUUGUUGUUUGACCAUGGGACCAAUCCAAGUCUUUGUGCAUGUGUUUGAGUCGUGAUAGUCACCCCUUACUGGACUCACCCAAUACAGCUUUAAAGUCGGGAUCUUUGCAAAGAGUUGAGCAGAAGAAGCUUUAGAGUGCUUGUACGUGUCAAACAUCUUGCCUCUUGGAAACGUCUCAAAGUAUUUUUCUGUGGAACUGAUAUUAUUGGUGUGUUGACCCUGUUUAAAUGAUGAAAUUAAUAAAGUCUUGUAUUAAA